AGUUAAAACCAUCGCUGCAUAUUCUUUCUCCCCUCACCCCACCACGUUGUGAUCAAUUUGCAAAUCAUUUUGUCCAAAACCCUUAUAAAAAGUUUGAAGCUUUUGAGUUUUUGAAGGUGAGAGGCAUGCAAAUUCAACACCACCGUAAGAUGCUUAUACUGUAUGCAACUCAGACAGGAAAUGCAUUGGAUGCAGCUGAACGUCUUGCUCGCGAAGCUGAACGAAGAGGCUGCCCCAUCAACCUUCUCUCUCUCGAUCAAUAUGAUCCUAGUUUGUUACCACGGGAGGAGGCUGUGAUUUUUGUGGUUUCUACCACAGGCCAGGGUGAUACACCUGAUUCCAUGAAGGUCUUUUGGAGGUAUCUUCUUCAGAGAAACCUAAACCAGCAUUGGCUGAAGGGGAUUCUCUAUGCUGUUUUUGGUUUGGGUGAUUCUGGUUAUCAGAAGUACAAUUUUGUUGCAAAGAAGCUGGACAAAAGAUUAAUGGACCUUGGAGGAACAGCUAUAAUAGAAAGAGGCUUGGGAGAUGAUCAACACCCUUCAGGUACUAAAGAUGGUAUAAUUAUUUGUAGCUAUGAAGGUUCUCUGGAUCCUUGGAUGUCUUCUCUGUGGAGAAUGUUAAACAUGAUUAAACCAGAAUUCUUACCAAAUGGACCUGAUGUUUUGAUUCAAGAUACAUUAUUGAUUGAUCAACCAAAAGUCAAAAUCACAUAUCACAACAUUGAAAAUGCUGAGUCACAUUCUUCUACUACCUCAGAUUUAACGUGUCUUGAUAUUCAAAUUGGGAGUGCUCGUUCAAUGCAUUCUGGAAAAUCAUCUUCUGACAGAAGUAGGCCGGGCUGCUUUCUUAAAAUGGUGAAGAAUCUUCCUUUGACCAGAUCAAACUGUGGAAAAGAUGUUCGUCAUUUUGAAUUUGAAUUUGUUUCACUUGCUUUUGAUUAUGAUACUGGUGAUGUCCUCGAAAUUCUACCUGGUCAAGAUUUGGCUGCAGUUGAUGCUUUCAUACGACGUUGUAAUUUGGAUCCUGAUUCAUUCAUCACCGUGAGUCUUGUUAGUCCUAUAGAAAUGGACGAUCACAUUGCACAUGGCUCUAGAGUCCCUUUAAAAUUAAGAACUUUUGUGGAAUUUACAAUGGAUGUCGCUUCAGCUUCCCCUCGGCGGUAUUUCUUUGAGGUUAUGAGUUUUUUUGCAACAGCUGAACAUGAGAGGGAAAGACUCAAGUAUUUUGCUUCACCUGAAGGAAGAGAUGACUUGUACCAAUACAACCAGAAGGAAAGGAGAACUGUUCUUGAGGUGUUAGAGGAUUUUCCUUCUGUACAAAUGCCAUUUGAAUGGCUAGUCCAAUUGGUUCCUCCACUGAAAACAAGAGCAUUCUCCAUAUCUUCUUCUCAAUUAGCUCACCCCAAUCAAGUGCACUUGACUGUGAAUGUGGUUUCCUGGACAACACCUUACAAGAGGAACAGAGAAGGACUAUGCUCCUCAUGGCUAGCUGCGUUAGAUCCCCGAGAUGCCAUCUAUAUUCCAGCCUGGUUCAGUAAAGGUUCCCUUCCAACACCAUCACUAUCACUUCCCCUCAUACUCGUUGGACCCGGGACGGGUUGUGCACCCUUUCGUGGAUUUGUGGAGGAAAGAGCAGUGCAAAGUAAAACUCAUCCCACUGCUCCAAUCAUUUUCUUCUUUGGCUGCCGGAAUGAAGAUGUUGACUUUUUGUACAGAGAUUUCUGGUUGACUCAUUCAGAGAUCAAUGGGGUGCUUUCAGAAGCAAAGGGUGGAGGUUUCUAUGUUGCUUUCUCAAGAGACCAGCCCCAGAAGGUUUAUGUUCAACAUAAGAUGAGGGAACAAAGCCAAAGGAUUUGGAACCUACUAGCUGAGGGGGCUGCUGUUUAUAUAGCAGGUUCUUCAACCAAAAUGCCUGCAGAUGUUACAUCAGCUUUUGAGGACAUUGUAUCUAAAGAAAAUGGGGUUUCAAGGGAAGCUGCAGUUAGGUGGAUUAGGACAUUAGAAAAGUGUGGUAAAUUUCAUAUUGAGGCAUGGUCUUAGGAAAGCCUUGAAUUCCUGAAUUUUAGUGUGAGGUUUAAUAGGUGUCAAGAAGAUCCAAUAAUAUUAUAAUUUCUCGAGGUCUAGUAUUGGUGGCUUGGAUCAGAUUGAUGCAUAUUUUUUGUUGUAAAAUUGGACCUUUGGUAAUGUAUUUAUUGCCAAUAAUAGGUAACUU